AUGUCCCCUCUAUCAGUACCUAAGAUCUUCAUGGCUGGGGGUGGGGUUGGCUUCGCCUACUACCUCUACAUGCGCCAAUACUGGUUCCCCAACCCCUACAAAACCCAAGGCGUGCAGAACAUUGAAGACCGCUUCUCCGCCGGCGGCGGCCACCCCACACACACGCCCGGUUACGCCACAAAGCGUGGCUCGUCGACGGACAACGAGUCCAGGACGCAGGAUGGCCACAAGGGCCCGGAUUCGGAGCACUUCAAGGAGAAUAUCUCGAGUCAGCAGAGCGAGCCUGUUUGGCCGGCAAAGUUCAAUGAGAUUCAGUACAAUAAUCCCAAGGGCAAAUAG